AUGUCGCUGAACUUGACGAAGACUCGAGACGACGACGAAGUUGGCAAGACGACCACACUUGGCCAUCUUCGUCUUCGACAUGCCGAGACCAACGAGAUCAUCCUCAUACCUACUCCAUCGAACGAUCCGAAUGAUCCUCUGAACUGGAAGAAAAGCUUCCGGGUCUACCUUGCAAUCCUCACUUGCCUCGCUAUGUUCAUGUGCAACUUCCUUGCCGCAGGCGCUACUGUCGCUAUCGUGCAAAUCACAAUCGACUUCACAGGUAUUCCUCCUACCCAGCCAGGUUUCCCUGCAGCUAUCGCAAAGAUCGCGUAUUUCUUCACGACAACUGCUCUUCUACAGGGCACUGGUAAUCUCUUCUGGAUGCCUCUUAUCCUGAAGUACGGUCGCCGUCCAAUGUAUCUCAUCUCUUUUGUUGGAUAUUUCGCAACGAUACUUUGGGCAGGUCUUACCAAGUCGUACGCUAGCGAGCUCGCUGCUCGUGUCAUGAUGGGAUUCUUUGCUGGAUCUGGUGAAUGUAUUGCUCCACUCACCAUCUCGGACUUGUUCUUCCUACAUGAACGUGGCUUCUAUAUGUCUAUGUAUACGGCAGCUCUUUCUAGCGGUGUGUCUGGAGGUGUCAUCAUCAGUGGUCUCAUCACAAUCAACCUGAGCUGGAGAUAUAUCUAUCAUGUAUCUGCCGCCAUCGUGGGUGUCUUGAUCAUACUGGUGUUCCUGACGUUUCCCGAAACUGCAUACAAUCGCAACCUUGAAAGUCACACAGUCGGUCCUGUUACCAACCACCGAGCUACAGCUAUUCCUCGCAAGCGCAGUUUCGUCCAGAAUCUUGCCAUCUUCCACGGCAGGUUCGUCGACGAGACAUUCUGGAAGAUCUUCUAUCGACCAGUCGUCUUGCUUUGCCUGCCAAUCGUUCUCUGGGCCACUCUCGUCAUGUCUGUGACCAUUGGCUUUCUUGUUGCCAUCUCUUCCAACUUCGCCAGCGCCUUCUCUACCACAUACGGUUUCAGCUCAUGGCAAUCUGGGCUCUGCUUCAUUUCUGGUCUUCUCUUCACCCUCGCCGGUAUCUUCUUCGGUGGUACGGUUUCUGAUUACGUUGCCGACUACUUCACAAAGAGAAAUGGCGGUAUCCGCGAGCCUGAAAUGCGCCUUCCUGCAAUGACCAUCGGUCUGAUCUGCUCGCCUCUUGGCCUGAUCCUAUACGGUGUCGGAAUUGAGCAGAAGUUGCACUGGAUCGUUCCUACGCUCGGGCUUGGCUUUUUGAGUAUUGCGAUCGCGCAGGCCACCAAUGUCUCCUUGGUUUAUGUCAUUGACUCUUACCGUCCUAUCGCCGGCGAAACCGUUGUGUCGCAGCUGGCCUUUAAGUCUUGUUUCGGAUUUUUGCUGUCGUUCUACACCAAUCCCUGGAUCGACAGCUCUGGCUACGCCAAGUCAUUCGGUGCCAUGGCAGGUAUUAGUGCUGCAGUACUUUUGGGAUGGAUUCCAUUCUACAUCUGGGGUGGCCGCAUUCGGGCCGCUACACACAAAUGGAAGCUGCUGACCAAGACCAUCGGUUGGAGCGAGGGUAGAGAGGUGGGCGAGUGA